UCAACGGUUGCUGUCUGUCUGGCCAUUCUACGUAAUUUCUAGGACUCAAAUUCACUGCCAUGUCCUCUGAAGAAGGGAAGCUCUUUGUUGGAGGGCUCAACUUCAACACCGAUGAACAAGCCCUGGAAGAUCACUUCAGCAGCUUCGGGCCAAUUUCUGAGGUGGUCGUCGUCAAGGACCGGGAGACUCAACGAUCCCGAGGUUUUGGCUUCAUUACCUUCACCAAUCCAGAGCAUGCCUCAGAUGCCAUGAGAGCCAUGAAUGGAGAGUCUCUGGAUGGUCGCCAGAUCCGUGUGGACCACGCAGGCAAGUCAGCCCGUGGAACCAGAGGGGGUGCCUUUGGGGCCCGUGGGCGUGGUCGAAGCUACUCCAGAGGUGAGUACAAUGGUGGUGGGGACCAGGGCUAUGGGAGUGGCAGGUACGACAGUCGACCUGGAGGAUAUGGAUAUGGAUAUGGAUAUGGAAGGUCCAGAGACUAUGGCGGCAGAAGCCAGGGUGGUUAUGACCGCUACGCAGGAGGAAAUUACAGAGACAAUUAUGACAACUGAGAUGAGGCAUGCGCACCUAAUGUAGAGAGAGAGACAGACAUCGAUCGGUUGCCUCCCAUACCCACCCUGGCCGGGAAUUGAACUUCCAACCUUUUGGUGUACGGGACAACGCUCCAAUCGACUGGGCCCCACCGGCGAGGGCUGCAAAUACUUUUCAAGCCCUGGAUCGAGCUCUUACCAAAAGCUAUCUACAAACAUCCCAUAGACAACCCCUGCACUUCAAGUUCCAGAGUAAAUCCCAAGCCCUGACCCUCCCACCCCAGGCAAGCUGAAUCACUGUUGCCUUAGGUUCAACAUGUAUAAAAGGAAUAGUGCUCACCUGAUGGUGGGGUCAAGGAUGUUAAAUGCAACAUGUAUAGAACAAGGUAAAUCCCUGAUACCCCCAUAUCCUCCCCCCCAUUGUAGAUGUAGGGGUGUAGAAAACUUUCAAAUAGCCUCUUAAAUAAAAAUGCUGUGAAUACUUAAGGUAUGUCAAAAAAAAAACAUUGGACAAAGAUCAGUAGCCAGUGUUCUUAUCAUUCCUCUGCUUAUCAAGACAAAAUAUUCCCGGUUCUGCCCUGGCUGGUGUGGCUCAGUGGAUUGAAUGCCAGCUUGGGGUCACUGGUGCGAUUCCAGGUCAGGGUACAUGUCUGGGUUGUGGGUUAGGGGUAUGCAAGGCACAUUGCUGUUUCUCUCACUUCCUCCCUUUCCCUCUCUGUAAGUAAAAUCUUGAAAAAAAAAAAAAACCACACAUGCCAGGUCCCUGUCCAGCUGCAUACCUCUUCUAUCUCCCCCCGCCCCCGGGCUAACAUAAGGAUCAUGAUCCCUUGUAAUUCAUCGUGCCCCAAGAUCUGAAAAACCAGAAGGGUGUUCCAUCUCAGUGUGGAAUACACAUACAGUAUACUGGAGAAAUGUUAGUGGUUAUGGAGAGCCUCCCUAGAACCUGUGGGAGGGGGGACUUCAACAUAGAGUGAAUGCACAAAGACAAUUAAGGCUUCUAAAUUGUUACACGUAAUCUGUGGAGCCCUGACCGGUGUGGCUCAGCUGGGUAUCUUACUGCAAAGUGAAGGGUUGCCGAUUUGAUUCCUGGUCAGGGUACAUGCCUGGGUUGUGGGUUCAGUGGGGCAUGUGUGUGAGGCAACCAA